ACUGAAACCCAACACACUCAGUUCACUCCACUACCACCACUGUCUCUCAUGGCCAAAUUUCACUCCAAUUUCUUUCUCUUCUUUCUUCUCAUCUCGACCAUUUCCAAAACUACCCUCUCCGAUGAUGAUAAUCAGACGGUUAAGACCUUCAUUUUUCUCGUCAACUCCGAAUCCAAACCGUCCAUUUUUCCAACACACUACCACUGGUACUCAUCGGAAUUCGCUGACCCCCUCCAAAUCCUCCACACAUACGACACCGUUUUCCACGGCUUCUCCGCUUCAGUAACUCCAAGCCACGCCUCUGUCCUCCGCCAGAACCCCUCCAUUCUCACUGUCCUCGAGGACCGCCGGCGCCAACUCCACACCACUCGCUCUCCGCAGUUCCUUGGGCUAAGGAACCAACGCGGGUUAUGGUCCGAAUCCGACUACGGAUCCGACGUCAUUAUCGGGUUAUUCGACACUGGUGUCUGGCCCGAACGUAGAAGCUUCUCGGAUGUUAAUCUCGGGCCGGUUCCAACCCGGUGGAAGGGUGUUUGUGAGACCGGAGUUAAAUUUAGUGGUAAGAACUGCAACAAGAAGUUAAUUGGAGCACGGUACUUUAUAAAAGGUCAUGAAGCCGCCGCUAGAUCAGCGGGUCCGAUCGGCGGUGGUAUUAACGAGACGGUUGAGUUUAAAUCUCCGAGAGACGCCGACGGUCACGGUACCCACACUGCUUCUACGGCGGCCGGAAGGCAUGCAUUCCGUGCGAGUAUGGCUGGUUAUGCGGCGGGUAUUGCCAAAGGUGUGGCUCCGAAGGCGAGACUAGCGGUUUAUAAAGUGUGUUGGAAGAAUUCGGGUUGUUUUGAUUCGGAUAUUUUAGCGGCUUUUGAUGCGGCGGUUAGUGACGGAGUUGAUGUUAUUUCUAUCUCAAUCGGCGGCGGCGAUGGAAUUUCGUCGCCUUAUUAUCUUGAUCCUAUUGCUAUUGGCUCUUACGGUGCUGCUUCUAGAGGUAUUUUUGUUUCUUCUUCGGCUGGUAAUGAUGGGCCUAAUUUAAUGUCUGUGACGAACCUCGCGCCUUGGAUUGUUACGGUGGGAGCAGGUACAAUUGAUCGGAACUUCCCUGCUGAUGUUGUAAUUGGUAGCGGGAGGAGAUUAUCCGGUGUUUCGCUUUACUCUGGUUUUCCGUUGAAUGGCAAAAUGUAUCCGCUGGUUUAUCCUGGAAAAUCAGGGAUGCUUUCGGCUUCUUUAUGUAUGGAAAACUCGCUUGAUCCUGCGAUGGUUAAGGGUAAAAUUGUCAUUUGUGAUCGUGGUAGUAGCGCUAGAGUUGCUAAAGGCGUCGUAGUUAAGAAAGCCGGUGGUGUCGGUAUGAUUCUUGCUAAUGGUAUUUCUAACGGUGAAGGUCUCGUGGGCGACGCUCAUUUGAUUCCGGCUUGUGCUGUUGGUUCGGAUGAAGGUGACGCUGUUAAAGCUUAUGUUUCCAACACUGCUAAUCCUACUGCAACUAUUGAUUUUAAAGGAACUGUUAUUGGUAUUAAACCGGCUCCUGUUGUCGCUUCGUUUUCGGGUAGAGGACCGAACGGAUUGAAUCCGGAGAUUCUUAAGCCGGAUUUGAUUGCUCCUGGUGUUAACAUUCUUGCUGCCUGGACUGAUGCUGUUGGUCCAACGGGUCUUGAUUCGGAUUCAAGAAGAACUGAGUUCAACAUUUUGUCCGGAACUUCAAUGGCGUGUCCUCAUGUAAGUGGGGCAGCAGCCUUGCUUAAAUCAGCUCACCCGGAUUGGAGCGCUGCUGCUAUUAGAUCAGCGAUGAUGACAACGGCUAAUACAGUUAAUAAUCUUAACCGUUCGAUGACGGAUGAGGCUACGGGAAAAGCAUCGACACCUUAUGAUUUCGGCGCAGGACAUCUCAAUCUUGAUCGCGCAAUGGAUCCGGGUCUUGUCUAUGAUAUAUCCAACAUUGAUUACAUCAACUUCAUGUGCGGAAUUGGAUACAGCGCGAAUUCAAUUCAGGUGAUAACUAGAACGCCCGUCCAUUGUCCCGCGAAGAGGUCAUUGCCUGGUAACCUGAACUAUCCAUCAAUCUCUGCGUUAUUCCCAACAUCAGCAAAGGGAGUAACGAGCAGAGCAUUCAUUAGAACCGCGACGAAUGUCGGUCCUGUGAAUACAAUUUACCGGGCUAGAAUUGAAGCUCCGAAAGGGGUGACAGUGACGAUAAAACCACCGAAACUGGUGUUCAAUGAAGCAGUGAAGAAGAGAAGCUUUAUCGUAACAGUUACAGCAGAUACCCGGAGUCUAAUGCUGGAUGAUUCGGGCGCUGUAUUCGGGUCAAUAUCAUGGUCAGAUGGUAAGCAUGUGGUGAGGAGUCCCAUUAUCGUGACUCAAAUAGAUCCGUUGUAAAAUCUCGAAGUUUGAAACGUCGAUCAAUGUGUCGUUUUGAUCGAUGAACAGAGUGGGGGUAGUAGGUGGUUGAAGAAUAGAUAUAAUAUAGUGGUUGUAGUAUAACAAGUGUAGCACUGUGCUAGACAUAGUUUGGUUUUUUCGUCUUUUUUAUUGGGAUGCGGUAUUAUGCUGGGUUGGACCAUGAAGAACAAGUGGUUUUUCUUGGCUGGUUUUGUUUGUUUAUUUGUUUGCUAUUAUGGUAUCCAAUGUUGUAUGUAUAAAAACUCUCUUAAGUUUAUAUACCCACAAUAGAAUUUUCAGAUAA